UCCGGUCGGUACAGCACAGAGCAGCAGUGCAAAGCUUUUUAACAAACAUGGCCGACACACUAGCUCAUGCAAAGGACCUCCACCUGAGGAUGGUGCUGCUUGGGAAAGCUGGAGUAGGGAAGAGUGCAGCGGGAAACACCAUCUUAGGAAGAGAAGCUUUUCAGUCUUUUUCUUCUUUUUCUUCUGUAACAUUGGAGUGUCAGCAAGAAACAGCCCAGGUGGAUGGUCAUACACUGACUGUGGUUGAUACUCCAGGUCUAUUUGACACCACCCUGUCUGUAGAUCAGGUGGUUACACAGAUUGUUAGAUGCAUCACCUUUGCUGCUCCUGGUCCUCACGUGUUCCUGGUUGUGAUCCAGUCGACCAGAUUCACAAGCGAAGAAGAAGAAACGAUUAAAAUUCUUCAGAAGAUGUUUGGAGAAGAUGCAGCACGUUAUAUUAUGGUCUUGUUCACGUAUGGAGACAACCUGCAAGACGGAGUCGACAUCUACAGCUCAAUCAGUGGAAAUCGGCCUCUGCAUCGCUUCAUCAGUCAGUGCGGAGGAAGAUAUCAUGUUUUUAACAACAAGAGUGAGGAUCGCUCUCAGGUCAAAGAGCUGCUGGAGAAGAUCAACACCAUGGUUCAGAGAAAUGGAGCAACAUACUACACCAAUGACAUGCUGCAGGAAGCUGAGAGAGCCAUCAGAGAAGAGAUGAAACGACUUCGGAAAGCAAAUCCAGACAUGGGAGAAGAAGAAGCGAGAAGACGGGCGAAGUUCCUGAAGGCUGCUGGGAUAGGAGCAGGUGUUGGAUUUAUAUUAGGACCAGUGGGAUCAGCCCUGGGAGCAGGAGUGGCAAUUGCUGUUGUGGCAAUGAAACAAGGAGAAUGCGUUAUACUGUGAAAACUGUUGGUAUUUAAUCACGAUUUGAGAGUUUUUGUGGGAGUUCUUUACAAAAAGGUUACUCAGUGUGUAUUUGGGAGCUGAUGAUCGUCAUUAUUAGUGACUUCUAACUUUCAGAUGACUGUCUGCGGUGCUCCUGAUCUCAAUGUGUA